AUGUCAGAAUCAUCAUCAAAGAGUAUGAAGAGUGCAACCAGUUCGGAAAAUGUAUUGUCAGUAGAACAAUAUAGCCAAUUGUUGCAAUUACUGGGUAAAGAAAAUAUCACAGCUCUAUCAGCAAAUUUGGCAGGUAAACUCGCAUCUUUAUACUUCAGUAUUGAUCGUGAUAAUUGGAUAUUAGACUCAGGGGCCAAUGAUCAUAUGACUUAUGACUUUCAUAAUCUGGAAUCUCCAAUUGCUGUUAAUUCAUCCAUGAGAACACUUGUAGGUCUUCCCAAUGGCACUAAAACACCAAUUGAACACAUAGGAAUAAGAAUGGAGUACCUUCCGUUCUUCACCAUCUUUUGCUCUUUGAUCUUGUUAUUGAACACAGAGUUGUCAUUUGCAGCUGAUAUGAUAACUCCAACACAAAUUAUCAGAGAUGGGGAGACAUUAAUUUCCUCAUCCCAAAGCUUCGAGCUAGGCUUCUUUUCUCCAGGAAACUCAAACAGCAGGUACGUGGGGAUCUGGUACAAGAUUAGUCCUAAAACAGUUGUGUAGGUUGCAAACAGAAAAGAUCCGAUUCCAGAUCGUCAAGGAGCUUUAACCAUUGACGACAAUGGAAUUCUUGUACUUAUCAACCAAAAUAAGAGCAUUAUCUUGUCUUCCAACUCAUCCAGGGUGCCAGAAAAUCCAGUGGUACAACUCCUAGAUUCUGGAAAUCUUGUUCUAAGGGACAGUCAUGACAUGAGUUCUGAAAGUUAUAUGUGGCAGAGUUUUGAUUACCCAUCAGACACAUUGUUACCAGGCAUGAAGUUGGGUUGGAACUUAAAACCUCUUUUUGAGCGACAAUUGACCCCAUGGAAAAGUGCAGAUGAUCCAUACCCUGGAGACUUUACUUUCAGACUCGACAUUAAUGUGGUGCCUCAAUUAUUCAUUACUGCUGCACCAUCAAGAAAAGUGGUCCGCAGUGGACCAUGGGAUGGUCUCACCUUUGGUGGCGUUCCCAUGAUGCACAACAAGGUCUUCAAACCAAGGUUUGUACACACAGGAGAUGAGUUGUACUAUGCGUAUGAGCCUUUUUACGACACAGUUAUCACACAAAUAUUAGUGAAUCCAUCAGGUCAGGUGCAGCGUCGUGUAUGGAAUGAGAGGAUUAGGGGAUGGAGAAUUAUGUUCUCUUGGCCGUUUGACAUUUGUGAUAAUUAUGCAGAGUGUGGUGCUAGUGCUUACUGCAGAACUAGCAAGACACCUAAUUGUGUCUGUUUGAAGGGGUUUGAAUCAAAAUCACAAGAUGAAUGGGACACACCUGAGACUAGGAAAUGUGUAAAGAAAUCGCCAACAGAAUCAGAUUGUCGAAAUGGAGAAGGAUUUCAAAUGCUUAAACGAAUGAAAUUGCCUGAUGUUAAUUGGUUCAACCAAAGUAUGAAUAUUGAGGAAUGCCAUGUAGAGUGCUUGAAGAACUGUUCCUGUAGGGCUUAUGCAAACUUAGAUGAGGUUGGAGGAAGUAGCGGCUGCUUGAUGUGGUUUAGUGACUUGAUUGAUAUGAAACAAUGCUCUAACCCAUUAACUGCAGGACAGGAUAUCUUUAUACGAGUUCCGGCAUCAGAACUUGGUAAGAGUGUUAUUUUACUUACAGUUGAACAAGGAAAAUGUGUUGAAGAGGUUCAAACUUUAAUAGGCCUGGAGAGCAGGAAGGAGGAAACAGAAGUUCCUUUAUUUGAUUUAGGUACGGUAGUUGCAGCAACUAACAAUUUCUCUAAAGCCAACAUAAUUGGCGAGGGUGGAUUUGGUCCUGUUUACAAGGGAAUUCUUCCAGAGGAACAGGAAAUUGCAGUAAAAAGGCUUUCAAAAAAAUCAGGACAGGGUCUGGAAGAAUUCAAGAACGAGGUUGUUAUAACUGGCAAGCUUCAACAUAGAAAUCUUGUUACGCUUAUUGGAAGCUGCACUGAAGGAGAUGAAAAGAUACUGAUCUACGAGUAUAUGCCAAAUAAAAGUUUGGAUUACUUUAUUUUUGAUCGUGAAAGAAGGAAACUGUUGUCCUGGAAAAAGCGCUUUGAAAUUGUUAUCGGUAUUGCAAGAGGACUUCUCUACCUCCAUCAAGAUUCUAAACUGCAAAUAGUUCACAGGGAUCUCAAGACCAGUAAUAUUUUAUUAGACAGUGACUUGAAUCCUAAAAUUUCAGAUUUUGGGUUGGCAAGAAUUUUCAAAAGUGAUGCAAAAGAGGUGAACACAAAGAGAGUUGUCGGAACACAUGGCUACAUGUCUCCUGAAUAUGCCACUGAUGGCACAUUUUCUUUGAAAUCUGACGUUUUUAGCUUUGGUGUGCUUCUGUUAGAGAUAAUAAGUGGAAGAAUGAAUAGGAGAUUCCGUCAUAUCGAUCACCAUCAUAAUCUUCUUGGACAUGCCUGGCUGCUGUGGAAUGAUGGAAGGGCCCUAGAACUAAUGGAUAGGCAUCUAGAAGGUUUCUUCAUCGAAUCUCAAGUUCGAAGAUGUAUUCAAGUGGGUUUAUUAUGUGCUCAAAAGUUUCCAGAAAACAGGCCAGAAAUGUCCUCUGUAGUUUUCAUGUUAGCAAAUGAAGAGGUGGUGUUUCCUCAGCCUAGAAAGCCUGGUUUUUUCACAGAAAGAGGUUUCAGCACAGAUCCAUCAUCAAGUAAAGAUAAGUCUCUGACAGGAAAUGCUUUGAGCGUAACCAUAGAGGAAGGCAGAUAGAAUUCAUGCAG